AUGGGCAAGAAGCUGAACAUCAUCCGGGUGAUCUCCCAGAAGGAGAAGGAGGUGCGGAUCCUGAUGCUGGGGCUGGACGCGGCCGGCAAGACCACCAUCCUCUACAAGCUCAAGCUGGGCGAGGUCAUCAACUCGGUGCCCACCAUAGGGUUCAACGUCGAGACCGUCGAGUACAAGAACAUCAAAUUCACCGUGUGGGAUGUAGGCGGACAGGACAAAAUCCGGCAGCUGUGGAAGCACUACUUCUACAACACCCAGGGGCUGAUCUUCGUGGUGGACUCGGCCGACCGGGACCGCAUCGACAUCGCCCGCGACGAGCUGCAGCGCAUGAUCAGCGAGGAGGAGCUCAAGGACGCGGUGAUCCUCAUCCUGGCCAACAAGCAGGACCUGGGCGUGAUGAGCAUCCCCGAGAUGACCGAGAAGCUGGGGCUGCACACGCUGCGGAACCGGGAGUGGUACAUGCAGGGCACGUGCGCCCUCUCGGGGGACGGGCUCACCGACGGCAUGGACUGGCUGUGCAAGACCAUCUCCAAGAAGAAGUGA